AUGAGUUCUCCACUGCUGAAGGUUGGUGCCGUUCUUAGCACCAUGACAAUGAUCUCUAGCUGGGUGUCCCAAACUCUUCCAUCUCUGGUACGACUAAAUACCCCCAGAAUAACCACUUCAGAUACUCUAACUCAGAUUAGCCCCAAGGAAGGGUGGCAAGUUUAUAGCUCAGCCCAGGAUCCUGAUGGCCGCUGCAUUUGCACUGUUGUUGCACCGGAACAAAACCUGUGUUCAAGAGAUGCCAAAAGCAGGCAGCUCCGACAGCUGCUGGACAAGGUUCAGAACAUGUCUCAGUCUAUUGAAGUUUUAAAUCUACGGACUCAGAGAGAUUUCCAGUAUGUUUUAAAAAUGGAAACGCAAAUGAAAGGGCUGAAGGCCAAGUUUCGGCAAAUUGAAGAUGAUCGGAAAACGAAGCAUUUUCAGGAGUUGAAAGAAAAGAUGGAUGAGCUCUUGCCACUGAUCCCGGUUCUGGAACAAUACAAAACCGAUGCCAAAUUAAUCACCGAGUUUAAGGAGGAAAUUAGGAAUCUCUCUACCGUCCUCACUGGGAUUCAGGAAGAAAUUGGUGCUUAUGACUAUGAGGAACUACACCAGCGUGUACUUAGUUUAGAAACCAGGCUUCGAGACUGCAUGAAAAAGCUCA